AUGAGGCUCAAAAGCCUUAAGUGUUUCAGGGCAUCGAAAGUGGCGAUAUCGCGAUGUCAAUCACGUGCCAUUUGCAACCGAAUGAUCAUUGCCACCAGUUUAGCAAUGGAUAUCGUGGAUCGAGUAUUGUUAGCUAUGACGCACGUCGUCGCCGAGGCCACUGCAAAGAGUGCAAUGCACCCUGGUACUCUAUAUGUUCGUCUAUUUGCUACGUUCGUAGAUAACCCGGUAAACAACACCAGUAAAAACAAGCGGUAUUCGAAAAGAGAUCGAGGUUACAAUCACUUUGUUAAUGAAUCGACCGCUCGUGCAAACAGGAAGGAAGUACAAGAAGUAAAUACUCGACAUCAUUUAAAUGCAUCAUUGAAAAACCAUCUACUUGUUAUUCAAAGAACAAGCUUGGCAAUGUUCUUGGGGAAA